AUGGACAACGAGAAAUCGUCAUUUACCACCACCGAUCAGCAGAACUCGCCCGUGGCCAUUGGGACAGAGGAUUCACCCAUUAUGCCCAAUGGUCUGGACACUUUCGAGUGCUCAUGGGAUCGGCUCGACCAGCAGGCACGGGACGACGAGCAGUCGACCGCGUUGGACAGUGACUCGGCCGCCAAGCUGGCCUGGGAGAGAACAAAGGUGGCCAUCACAGACGAGGGUCAGUUGGCCAAUGGCACCUACAACUUCAACGCAAAGGGCAACCUCAGCAGUACACAUAGCAGGCAGUUACGGGCCAAUGUCUAG